AUGGAUGGAGCGAAGUUGACCAACGGUGGGUCCGCCAUUGAGUUACGCCACUCCGAUGUCUACCAUGCAAUCAGUAACCAAGGGAAUUUCAACUUCAACUAUCUCUGCUUUUUAAUCUGUGCUGCCAUUGUGGCUGACAUAGCGUUGGUCACUGACUCUGCCGCCUGUGUCUUCGCCAGUAUGCUCCUCUCUCCCCUCAUGGAGCCCAUUAUGUGCAUUAUUUUUGGUCUGAGCCUUCGUGAACCACGAAUGACCACGAAGGGGUUCCGAAAUACAUCUGUAUCUCUCAUUAUUUGCAUUAUUGUGGGCAUUGCUUUCGGCAUUCCUGCCCACUUUAUCAGCAUGUUCCAAGGCAUCGCACCAUAUCCGACUAGCGAGAUGUCUAGCAGAGGGGAAGCCAAGGCGCUUAUCGCCUCAAUCGUUGUGGCCUCGGCCUCGGGAGUGAGUGUAUCCUUUGCCAUUCUUUCCAACAGUCUGGCUGCAAUGAUUGGGAACGCUAUCUCCCUCUCCCUCCUUCCACCCUCUGUCAAUUGCGGUCAGUUCUUCCUUCUCGCGGUUAUCGCUCUUAUUGACCGUCCCUAUGUGAUGAAAAAAACGGACACGCUUAAAGAGAAUAACACAAUCUCGGUGACUGUAGUGCAGUGCCAGUACCGAUGGAUCAAAGAUUACAACUUCAUCUAUAUUACUAACGCUUGUGAUGCACCUACUGAAUUCGCCAUUCGAGGUGUGGUCUCCUUCUGCCUCACUCUCCUCAACAUCAUUCUCAUCAUAAUUACAGGCUACUCUGUCAAUCGGCUGAAAGACCUGGUGCCCCAAUCCUUCACAAACGACGAGACUCGAAGGUUUUACACAAAGGAUUUGAAAGAGGUACGCGACAACUACGACUGCGUGCAUCGACUUAAGGCAGCUGAUUUGGCUGCGCAGGCCUACCAGGAGUACCUUCGCCUUUCUCUCCAUCCCACUGAAGGUGAUUAUACCGCAGAGGACACUGAACAACUCACAGCCAACUUUCAGGCCGUUAUGGAGUUUCCUUUUCGUGGAGCUUCAAUUUAA